GUGAACACGUACAGAUGGUGACGUUUGGAAAUCGAACAUAUAGUCAUUAAGCGCCGUCAAAUAUUGAAUCCCAAUACCGCCCUAAUUAUCAUUGCUUCGGAAAAGAUCACUAAUCGCACGAGAAGGGAAACGAGGGUGUUGACCCAGCUUGCCCUGACUGGAACCGAUUUGCUUCAAGCCUCAAGAACAACGUGUCCGAAUAUCCAGAUCGCCAUGAGGGGGAUUUCCUGAACUUGACGUCCUUCACUUCACGGUUUCGGUCAGACCAAUCUUGUCUUUGUGUUGGGCGGACUUCGCAUCCUUCCAAAUUCUCCUAACGCUGCUUCGUCACCUUACCUCUCUUUCUCCUCAUCUUACUCCGUCACUCAUCGUCACUUUCGGUCCUUCGAAGAAAUGGCGCCAUCUCAAAACCAAGCGAUGUACCACAAAGAUGAGAAAGCGCUUUGCUUUCAUCAUGAGCUUCUCUACGAGGCGAAGGUGAUCGAUGUGAAACAGGCCGACCCAUCGGUCAAAAAGUCUGGCUGGUUGUACAGAGUACACUAUAAGGGAUGGAAGAAUACGUGGGACGACUGGGUACCCCAGGACCGUCUACGGAAGAUGACCGAGGAAAAUAAAGGCCUUGCCAACAACCUCAGGAAGGAUGUCGAAGCUUCCAACAAGCGGAAUGCGAAAGUGGCGGCGAUUCAGAAAAAACGAGGAACGGAUUCAUCGGCUCGGGGGAGCGAAGAACGUCACUCAUCCGUCGCUGCCGGUUCCGCUAGAAAUCAGAAAAGGAGGGAUCUCGAUCUUGAGAAGGAGGAUCAGUAUCAUUCAAAGCCAGCUAUCCGAAUCUACAUGCCGGACUCUCUCAAAAUCUUGCUAGUCGAUGAUUGGGAGAGCGUCACUAAGGACAAUCACCUGGUCUCCCUCCCAUCUGCAACUCCGGCAAGCAUCAUCAUCGACAGGUACUUCCAAUACGAGAGCAGGAAACGACCAAAUCCAUCGGCAGAUUUGGAUCUGCUUGAGGAAGUCAUCCAAGGGCUCAAAGAAUACUUCAACAAGACACUUGGUCGAAUGCUUCUCUACCGUUUCGAACGUCAACAGUAUCUUGAUAUCAUCAAACGAGUCGAGAAUCCCACAGAUGAGCUUGCAGGAAGACCAAUGGUAGACAUCUAUGGAGGAGAGCAUCUCUUGCGACUUCUCGUGUCAUUGCCGGAGCUCGUUGCACACACGAACAUGGAUCAGCCGUCCGUCGCUCGUCUCCGUGAAGAAUUGAACAAGUUAACCAUGUGGCUUGGACGACCCGAAACGAUCCAGAAGCACUUCUCCGUUGCCUAUGAGCCUAUGAGUAUCGAUGAGGUGGAGAAAAUCCGGACCUGAAGCAAUCAUCGUGCUUCGCUAUCCCGUCCAUUCGACACCGUAUAAACAGCGGGAUUACCGGGUGUGAAAGACGAUUCACACCAAAGCCGUUCACCGAGAGGCCAUGGAAGGCGUCAUUUGUAGGGCAGUGC